CGUAGCCUAUUUGCCUAUUUUUUGCAUGUAAAAACUAAAAACAGAGUGCAAGGGGCAGUGAGAAGAAGAGACCAAUUCUCAACACUCUAAAAACUGGAUGUUAAUCAGCAGCAGCAGCAACCACAUAACACCACAAAAUUAUCACUCAAUAAUCAUCAAAUUAAUCAAACAAUGCAAAACAAUCUCACAGCUCCACCAACUCCAUGCUUACACCAUCACAAACACACCACUUUCUUUCCACUCUUCUCAUUCCCUUUUAACCAAAUUCCUCUACACUCUCACCACCAAAGCCAAAUCCUCCACUUCUCUACUAGGCUACGCAAAAUCUAUAUUCAAUUCUAUACAAAACCCAUCUACAUUUUGUUACAAUACUAUCAUUAGAGUCCACACUCUCCUCUCUCUCCCUGUCCCUGCCCUCCAUUUCUUUACUCAAAUGCGCCGUCUUUCUGUCCCUCUUGAUUCUCAUUCUUUCCCUUUUACCCUCAAAGCCUGCGCGCAGCUUGGCGGGGUUUUUUUAGCGCGUUGUCUUCAUUCUCAAGUUCUGAAAUUUGGGUUCCUGUCGGAUUUGUAUGUCAUGAAUUCUCUUAUUCAUGGUUAUAUGGUUUCUGAUAUGUCAAAUGAUGCUUGCAAGGUAUUCGAUGAAAGUCCUCAACGAGAUGUGGUUUCUUAUAAUGUGUUGAUUGAUGGGUUCGUUAAGGCUGGUGAUGUUGUGAAAGCUAGGGAGUUGUUUGAUUUAAUGCCUGUGAGGAAUUCUGUUUCUUGGAAUACGAUUAUAGCUGGGUGUGCAAAAGGAGAUUAUUGUGAGGAGGCUAUUGAAUUGUUUGAUUUUAUGGUGGAUUUAGAGAUUAGGCCUGAUAACGUUGCAUUGGUCUCAACGCUUUCUGCUUGUGCACAGCUAGGAGAACUUGAAAAGGGAAAGAAAAUUCAUGAUUAUAUUGAAAGUAACGCGAUGAAAGUGGAUACCUUUUUGUCAACUGGGUUGGUUGAUUUCUAUGCGAAAUGCGGGUGCGUUGACGUUGCUUUAAAGAUAUUUGACUCGAGUUCAGACAAAAAUCUGUUUACUUGGAAUGCAAUGCUUGUUGGCCUUGCAAUGCAUGGGUAUGGUGAGUUAUUGUUGGAGUACUUCUCGCGAAUGAUAGAGGCUGGGGUAAAACCAGAUGGGAUUAGCAUUUUAGGAGUUUCGGUAGGGUGCAGUCAUAGUGGUCUCGUAGAUGAAGCAAGGAAGCUUUUUGAUGUGAUGGAAUCUGUUUAUGGAGUCCCUCGAGAGCCAAAGCAUUACGGGUGUAUGGCUGAUUUGCUUGGGCGGGCUGGGUUGAUUAAAAAAGUGAUGGAAAUGAUAAAGGAUAUGCCCAGAGGAGAUGAUAUGUCUGUGUGGAGUGGUUUGCUGGGAGGAUGUCGAAUUCACGGGGAUGUUGAGAUUGCAGAGAAAGCAGCGAAGCACUUGAUGGAGUUGAAACCCGAUGAUGGUGGGGUUUAUUCAAUUUUGGCUAAUGUUUAUGCUAAUGCAGAACGAUGGGAAGAUGUAAUGAAUAUCAGGAGAUCAUUGAGCAGUAAUAGGGUGGUAACGAAGAUUGCUGGUUUUAGCUUGAUUCAAUUGGAUGGCGUUGCACGUGAGUUUAUCGCAGGGGAUAGAUUGCAUUCUGAAAGUGAUAAGAUAUAUUUGGUUUUAAAUGGAAUAAGAGAACAUCAAAGUGAACUGAGCUAGAUGCCUGAACUUUCAGAAUUCAAACACGUACUUGCAACAUCUGCAUUAGCUGUUUUGGAAGGGAAUUUUAUAUCUGCAAAAAUGACCAUCAGCUUGUGAUACACGGAGACAGCUGGCUGUUAAGCUAGAAAUUCUUGAAUGGGAACAAAUAUGUGGGUGCUCUUACAAUUGGAUGACUUUUCUAAUCAAAACAUACAUAUGCAAUUAUCGGUGGCGUUACCCGGGACAGUCACCCUGUAAAAGAAAGACAACUGUAGUGGAAAUGCAAGUUGCGAACUUUCAAACUUCUUCCAUCAACAGUGGAAAGCCAAUUUUUUCAAGACAUUAGCUACUGUCCAAGCAACCACUUAUCUCAAUGCCAACUGACCACACAUCAUAUAAGGCAACCAAUCCUGUGGCAAGAAU